CGCUUUAAGUGCGACUACUGUACCUAUAAGUCCAUCAAACGAACCAAACUCCAGCAUCACAUCCAUAAGAAUCAUUUGAAUCAUUUGAGUGCUCUUAGCGUUGAGGAGACAACGAUUGACAAACGCUUCGGACAAUACGUGUCGAAGAAGAAUCUCAAUUGGUUUGAGUGUAAAUAUCCGAAGUGUAAAUACGGAACCAUUAGAUCCGAUGCCAUUGUCAGACAUAUGCGGACUCAUACGGGAGAGAAGCCCUAUAAGUGUCGCUUUGAAAACUGUGAUUAUAAGACAAUUCAGAGCUCGACUCUUAAAAAACAUGAAUCCAAACACACGACACGUUAACAUACAUGUACUGUAUAAUGGAUUUAAUUAUAAAACUCUAAAUUAACGUAUUUUUAUAUAAAUUUAUUUAUGUUUAAUUUCUAAUUUUAAAACCUUUUAAGUUCUCAAUUA